GUUGGAAGGCUGAUCUUUUCCCCUCCGACUCACGUUGGUUCCAAGAUGGCGGCGCCCGGGAGCGUGGAGGAGAUGCGGAGCCGAGUGGUUCUGGGCGAGUUCGGAGUCCGCAACGCCCACACAACAGACUUUCCCGGGAAUUAUUCUGGAUAUGAUGAUGCCUGGGAUAGAACUAAGUUUGAAAAGAAUUUCAGAGUAGAUAUCAUCAGCAUGGAUGAAAGCACACUGGAGUUUGACAUGGUGGGGAUUGAUGCAGCAAUUGCUAAUGCUUUCCGACGCAUCUUGCUUGCUGAGGUACCAACAAUGGCUGUUGAAAAGGUUUUUGUAUAUAAUAACACCUCCAUUGUGCAGGAUGAAAUUUUGGCUCAUCGUUUAGGACUGAUCCCUAUCUGUGCAGAUCCUCGUCUCUUUGAAUAUAAAAGUGAAGAGGAUGAAUGUGAUGAAAUUAACACUCUGCAAUUCCAGCUGAAAAUAAAAUGUAGCAGGAACCUCGAGGCACCUAAGGAAUCAUCUGACCCAAAUGAACUCUAUAUUAAUCACAAAGUUUACAGCAAGCACAUGGAAUGGGUGCCACUGGGGUCUCAGGCAGACAACAUGAAUGCUGGCUUCCGUCCUGUUCAUGAUGACAUCCUUAUUGCUCAGCUGCGGCCUGGCCAAGAGAUUGAUGUCCUUAUGCACUGUGUAAAGGGCAUUGGUAAAGACCAUGCAAAGUUUUCUCCGGUGGCCACAGCCAGCUACCGCCUGUUGCCAGAUAUUACUCUGUUGAAGCCUGUUGAAGGGGAAACAGCUGAGAAACUAAAGAAGUGCUUUUCACCUGGGGUUAUUGAAGUUGAGGAAAUAAAAGGGAAAAAAAUAGCAAGAGUGGCUAAUGCUCGACUGGACACGUUUAGUAGAGAAAUUUUUCGUCAUGAUGACUUGAAAAACCUUGUGCGUUUGGCUCGAGUACGAGAUCAUUACAUUUUCUCUGUAGAGUCAACAGGAGUCCUACCUCCAGAUGUAUUGGUGAGUGAAGCAAUUAAGAUAUUGAUUGGUAAAUGUCAGCAUUUUUUGGAGGAACUGAAGUCUAUCCAGAAGAAAUAAUUUUAAGGGCACAAAACUCACCGGAAAAGUCUUAGUUGAACAUUCUAUAGCUGCAUUUUGAGAAAGAACUCCAGUCAAAUCUUUACCAGCUGGUACAUCGACAGGAGAUGUGAAAGACUGAUAUCCGUUCCACCUGUACUUACUACUACUUAGUAGUCGAUGGCUGAAAUGUAACAUCAUCAUGGAACUUUUUGCAAAGACCAGAAUGUAUUCAUUUGGAAAUUUUAUCUUUUGACAAAUAUCCCACAUGACGUGAAAAUAUUGUGAGGAAAUUGAGGUGCAAGCUGCUAAUAAUAAACUCCUGUCUGUUUAUGUCUGCCUUGAGGACUAUGAAAAAGCUGGAUCAUAGACCCAACUUGUAGGGUGAACUGUGCUGCAUAGUUCCUUAACAUGAGCCUUCAGAUAUGUAUGGCCUGGAUCAUAACCACAUUGCUAGAAAGUAAAGUCUAACAACACAGUACUUUUCUUGUGCUAGUUAACAAAGCGGUAUCGUUCACUUAUUGUGAAUGUCCAUUCAUACUUGCAAAGAAACUAUCUAUGAAUAUGUUCCUCUGUGAAGGAAGACAUCCAAGAAUAGAAUUUACCCCAACCACCUAAGAAGGUGGGUAGGACUUCUCAUGUGGGGGACUGAUAAUUCCCCCCUGUAAUCUGUUAGUGCCACAAUUCUGCUCAUCAGCUACAAUCAUUUCCAUCAUUCAUGGAAGUGUCACUCCCCAACACACACAUACUGAUAGCUGGGCUGGCAUUGGUCUAUGGAGCCGCCACAUUGUAUUCUGUAGUGCUGCUGAAGUCUAGACUGCUAUUGAUCUGUCUGUCCCUCAGAGUGGUUGCUGGCAGGAGAAAAGGAUUUUCUGCUUGUUUAACAGAAAUUUGUGGCACAUUGUACCAGUGUGAUGAAAGAUUCAGUAAUCAGUAGUUUCCCAAUUUCUCCCAGACCAUGCAUAGAUGUAUAGAUUCCUGUAAUUUUUCCAAUUUCUGAAAUUACAGUUCGUUUUCUGGUUUUUUGGUUUUUUUUGCACAAUCAGACACAGAUGUGAUAAUUUCUUUCCAGUUUAAUAUCUUUCAGUUUACUCUGGCAGGAAGAUGUUAAUGUACUCUUUUCGCAUAAACAGCUGAAGAUUCUCCUGUUACAAAAUACAUUAGAGUACUACUUUUUUUAAGUGGGAAAGAACUUGUACAAUGUACUGGUUUUGUGAUUUAUCUUCAUUGUUGUUUUUUUGUGUGCUUUAUAUUGGUUACGAUUUUAAUUCAUUUUAAAUUUAUCUAUUGUAUUUGUAAAUGUUUAUGUGCCUUUUAACUAUUGUAAGUCUUGAAUUUUAAA